AUGGCGGACGCUGGGAAAGCAGAGGAAAUCCAGAUUGAAGAACAGCCAAACCUCAACUCCGGGCUGAACUUAGCCGAACUCAGAAAGACCACCACUAUCGACACACUUCACAACGACGAAGCACUCAAAGUGCUGGUCAAUUACACGGGAGAUGAAACAUGGACACCGGAGGAAGAGAAGAAGGUCCUGAAGAAGAUCGACUGGAAGCUGCUUCCAAUGUUGUGUUUGACCUAUGGUCUACAGUACUACGACAAGGCUAUGCUGUCACAAGCGGCGUUAUUUGGACUGCGCGACGAUCUCCAUCUUAGAGUCGGCAACAGAUACUCGUUCUCAGCCUCCAUCUUCUACUUGGGCUUCAUUGUUGGCGCCUAUCCGGCUAUUAUGCUGGCCCAACGGUUCCCCAUCGAGCGAGUCGCCUCGGCCAUUGUUGCUGUUUGGGGCGUGUGUCUGAUGUGUACGGCGGCAUGCCAGAACUGGCAAGGGCUGUAUGCGCAGCGCUUCUUCCUUGGGUUCCUGGAAGCAGGCAUCAGUCCCAUGUUCAUGCUUAUAGUUGGGCAAUUUUACAAGAAGAACGAGCAAGCUCUUCGAAUGGGAGCAUGGUACAGUUCCACAGGCUACGUGUCCAUCGUAUCCCCACUAAUCAACUACGGUCUCGGCCACAUCCACGGCUCCCUAUCACCCUUUCGCUACAUGUACAUCGUCGCCGGGGCUCUUACAGUAAUCUGGUCAGUCGUCAUCCUAUUCUUCAUGCCACCGGACCCAAUCCGCGCAAAGGGCUUCAACGAGCGUGAACGGUUCAUCGCGGUAGCACGACUACAAAUCAACAACACGGGCGUGCGCAACACACAUUUCAAGAAAGAACAAGUCUACGAGCUGCUAGUGGACAUCAAAUUCUGGCUCGUCUUCGCCAUGGCCUUUCUCAUCCUCAUCACCAACGGACCUGUGUCCUCAUUCACACCCAUCAUCAUUGCCUCGUUCGGCUUCAACACGCUCAACUCGCUGUUGAUCAUGAUGCCCGCGGGGCUGAUCAUUGGUACUAUCGAACUGGCUGCCCCUUAUAUCGCCUACAAGUACCGCAACGUCAGAGCCUACAUGGUCGUCGUGUGUCAGUUGGGCACGACCCUCGCCGCGCUCCUGCUCUGGUUGCUGCCCCGGAGCUCUACGGGCGGUUUGCUAUAUGGCAUUUAUACUCUCGCUUCCUAUGGUGGAGGCUAUGCCGUCCUCAUGUCUAUGCAAAUUGCAAAUACGGCGGGGUACACGAAGCGGUCGGUGGCUUCGUCGGGCAUGUUUGUGGGUUAUUGUCUAGGAAACUUCCUCGGCCCCCUGGUGUUCAAAGAAGAAGACGCCCCCCGCUACGGCCCGGGCUUCCUGACCGUCGUGGUCAGCGCAGCGGCCGCCGCCGUCCUCGCCCUCGUCUACCGCUUCGUCUGUGUCUGGGAGAACAAGAAGCGCGACCGCGCGGGCACCAUGGAAGGCUUUGAACAUGCUUACGAGGACGAUUUGACUGAUAUGAAGAACCCACAAUUCAGAUAUACACUUUGA